CGCAGGCGCGCUCCGAGGCUGGGCGCCCCUGGGGUCAUGGCUGCGGAGCCAAGCCGCCGGGUUUUGCGGCGUCUGCGGAUCCUCCUGUCGGCUCUGAAGCCCGGGAACCCGGUCCCCCGUGCCGGGCCUGCAGCCGCAUUCGGCACCUCCGUAACCUCUGCCAAAGUGGCUGUGAAUGGUGUCCAUUUGCAUUAUCAGCAGACUGGAGAGGGAGAGCAUGCAGUCCUGCUGCUUCCUGGAAUGUUGGGAAGUGGAGAGACUGAUUUUGGACCCCAGAUUAAGAACCUAAGUAAGAAGCUCUUCACAGUGGUUGCCUGGGAUCCUCGAGGGUAUGGGCACUCCAGACCCCCAGAUCGAGAUUUCCCAGUGGACGUUUUUGAAAGGGAUGCAAAAGAUGCUGUUGAUUUGAUGAAGAUGCUGAAGUUUAAGAAGGUGUCCCUGCUGGGCUGGAGUGAUGGCGGCAUUACAUCUCUUAUUGCAGCUGCAAAAUAUCCAUCGUUCAUCAGCAAGAUGGUGAUCUGGGGAGCCAAUGCCUACGUGACUGAUGAAGAUGAGAAGAUUUAUCAGGGUAUCCGAGAUGUUUCUAAAUGGAGUGAGAAAACAAGAAAACCUCUUGAAACCUUAUAUGGCUAUGACUACUUUGCCAAAACCUGUGAGAAGUGGGUGGAUGGCAUAAAACAAUUUAAACAUCUUCCAGAUGGGAAUAUCUGUGGGCACUUGCUGCCGCUUGUUCAGUGCCCCACCUUAAUCGUGCACGGAGAGAAGGAUCCGCUGGUCCCACGGUCCCACGCCGACUUCAUACACAAACACGUGAGAGGGUCGCGGUUGCAUCUGAUACGAGAAGGCAAGCACAACCUACAUCUACGUUUUGCAGAUGAAUUCAAUAAGUUAGUAGAAGACUUCUUACAGGAAAAAAGCCCCUGA